CAGCAACAGCGUCUUCAGCUAGGAGUAGAGCUUCAGGAAUAGAGCUUCAAAGUUUCAGGAACAGAGCUUCAGAGCUUCAGGAGCAGAGCUUCAGAGUUUUGACUCCUUUAUAGUGCGACGGCAGCGACGACAUCCUCCAAUUAGGGGCUGUUCGACCUUUUCCCUUUUUAGAGCAAUUUUGGAGGAGUUUCACCUUGAUUCUUCAUUGUCACCAUUGCUGUAGCAUCAAUACAUGGCUCCAAAUCAAAGACCUACUUCCGAGAUGAUUUCUGUCGUUACGGUGUUGAAAGGUGAUUGGAUUGUUGAUUCGUCCAACCCUAAAGAGGCGGGGCAAUUCUUGCACUUCCCGUCAACUCACAUACGAUCUUCUUCUUCGUCAGAGGCUAAAGAGCUUCAACUUAUGGUGCUUGAAUCAACCAGUGGUCCCUAUGCCAUUGAAGGACUUUCUCACCUACCUGCAUUAGAGAUGCCCAAGUUGUGUGAAUAUGUGACCUCAGAAGGAAAAGCUUUAUCAACAACAAGCCACGCUGGAUCUCUCCCCUCCUUGGUGCUUCCAUCCAAUCAUGUGACUGAACAUGCAACACCAAAAGCAGUUGUAACACAGUCGAUUGGUCGAGGAGCGAGCAAAUGGUGUCAAUCCAUUGAUCAUUUGGGAAAGAUACCAUUCCUAAGUGGCUUCUGGGAUUGGUCAAACUACACAGCCAAGAUGCUAAGUCAUCACAAGAUGGGAGCUUUAGCAGAUGCAAUGUCAUUGGCCAAUAAUGAUUAUUGUUGUCCUUCGAGUAUGCUUCGUGCCCUCAUUGAGGUAUGGUCUCCUAGUACAAAUACCUUUUUAACCUCUAUAGGAGAGGUUGGAAUUUCUCUCCUGGAGGUGCGAGAUAUUUCUGGCUUGUCAAUUCGAGGAGCAUACUAUGAGGAGCGUGUAACUUACGCUGAUUGGCUCGACUUCUGGUAUAAUCGUAACCCACCCUAUGUUGAUCCAUUCAAGAGCAAACGAUAUCUAGAUAUGUUCGAGUUGAAGUAUGAUGGCAAUGGGAAUGUGAUUUCAGUUCCUAAACUUGACCGCCCAUUGAAAUGGACAUUUGGACAUGAGAGGAAACUAAGGGGUGUACCAGAACAAUGGGAUCGACUUGGCAUAUUUGUUUUUCCAGAUGGGGAAGAAUUUGUUAGAGUCAGAACUUUCAAAGCUGCAGCCCAAAUGGCAAUCGAUGUUACCUAUAGCUUGGUUCCUCCUAUCUUGGCAUGCAUUUAUCGUGGACUUAGACAACUGACAAAAGUACCUAAAGCCAGAUAUGAAGUUUCUCUACCUAUGGUUCAGCAAUUUCGUGGGAUUUUAAAUGCAUACCAGCCUUGGGAACCAGAGACUCCAGUGCCUUUACCAACCCACCCUGGACCUCGAGUUGAUGAUGGACAACGACGGGCUGACACUUUGGAUUUCAUGGUGAGCAUCAGAGCAGGUUAUGUGGUGCUUCGCCAAGAAGGCUGCUUCACAAAGAAGUCUUACAAUCCUCACCGAUUUGCUAGACAGCAUGGAUUUCAACAAAGACUUCUAAGAAGACAUGUCAAAUUGCCUCAUGGUGGUGAAGUGUCAGAUCUUUAUCACUUUUGUGAGCAUCCAAUCUUGAAGGCUAGCGAGGCUAGAAAUUUCAUCCCAUCCUUAAUGAAGAGCACACAGAAAUGCAACAGAAGUCCUCAAAGAGAGCCAGACUCUUUACAACAUCCACUUUCUACGCCUGUUGCCCGGCAAACCUCCCGUCAAGCUUUGUACGAAGAAAUAUUUAGCUCCCCAGAAUUAAGAGGACUGCCAGGAGAUGAAAAGAUGAUUUUUGCUUUAGAUGAUUUUCUUGAGACAGACACUCUUGAGAUACUUGGAUCACUUCCAAGUCAAAUUGAUGGAGGAGUUCUAUCCUUAAAUGCUGGUGAACAAGUAACUGCCGAAGAUGGGGAAGUUGACUCUCAUGACAGACAACCAAGUGUGAAGGAAACCGUUGGACUUAAUCCUCUUGCCAUGACAUCAUCUAAUCCACUGAAACUUAAGCCUACAUUCUCCUGCAUCACAAAGCCUUUGGAACCAAUUAGCUCUCAAGCACUGUGGUGGGCAGAGCGAUCUUCUACAAUUUCAGAAGCACCCCAACUCUAUUUUCGCAUGGAUGUUGAACCUUUACUCAAGACGAUGGAUACUUACCUAUCUAAGGUAAAUCUUUACUUAGCAAAACGAGAUGAGGUCUCCACCGACUUGGAUGUUGAAGAAAGAGAUAAAUCUCUUGCUGCCUUACAGAAGGGGAUAUCAUCAAAUCAGAUCGUCCAUGACUCUCUUUCAAAGGAAAUCAAUGAACUCACCAAGAAGAAGGGAUCCCUAGAGAAUAAGAUUGAAAGUUUGAAGAAGGAGCUGGAGUCAGUUGAGCAGCAACAUAGUGAUGUGACUUCCACACUUGAUUUGCUCCUUGACAAGAGGCAGACGGCAGAAGAACAACUCCAGUCCAACCAAGCAAAAUUGAUAGAGUUGGAAAACUCCAAAGUUGUAGCUGUUGAGACAGUUGCUGAAGUGGAGAGGAUGCGACAAGACCUUGAAAUUGAAUUUGAAGCCAUUGCAAAGGGAACUUGGUUUGAAAACAACAUGUGAUGUUGUUCAUUUUGUAUUCUUUCCCUUUUUUUAGACUUUGAGCAAUCCUUUUCAAAGACUUGUCAAAUUUUGGCUUUAGCCACUUUGUGAAUAAAUAAGAUGCAUUUUCUUCACUUUUGUUGUUCUCUUUGCUUUACUUUCUUUGCUUGACAUAGACAUUUCUCCCUUUGUUGGACACUUGAAAUGAACCACAAUCAAAAGCAAACUUAAAU